AAAGCUUUUCACGCGUGAAUAUGAUGAUACUUAGUUUUUCCUCUUUGUAAGAGUAAUCUGUGCUGAUUGCAACACCUCUCUGAACUGUCUGGCCUAAGGGUAGCUAACACAUAUUUGAAACGAGCUAAAAGCCUGGGGAUUUUAAAAGCCUAAAUUGCAACCCCGGAUCCGACGCUUUGUGCAAGGCGAACCACUCGCUCUCCGGCCACUGCACCUAAAGGAAACCCCAGGAAUCACAGGACUGUAGAGCUGGAAGGGAGCCAGGGGUCAUCUAGUCCAGCCCCCUGCAAUGCAGGAAUCUCAGCUAAAGCACCCGUGACAGGUGACCCUCCGUAUAAAGGCUCCCUUCUCCAUGCGCAAACAAAAAACGACCCGGUGGGGCUGAGAGAGCCGGAAGAUCUGAUUCCCCCAUCGCGAUCGCGGGACAGAAACCAGAGGCAGAGAGGGGAGGGAAACGACAAGAGAACCGUCUGGGAGGUUUCCGCACUGAGCAUGUGCCCGACCCCUCGGCAUGUGACGGGCUGAACUCUGCUCAGCUGACUGCUGGGCGGGCGAGAGAAACGCGGAAGCGGAGCUGGCCUGCCUUGCGCCGCUUGCUUUCUGCUUGCAGGGGAGCUGCAUCAUGGCUGCGGGCGGGGAGCCGGCGCGUCUGUGGCUGGUGCUGCUUUUGCUCCUGCAGUUGGAGACGCCCUGCAGCUCGGCCUGCGGCUCUCCGGGGCAGCAGGGGUGGCCUGUGCCUUACAGGCGUUUUGAUUACCGCCCUAAAACAGAUGCCUACUGCCAGGCUCGUUAUACUUUCUGCCCAACUGGCUCUCCCAUUCCGGUGAUGAGAGAUGACGAUGUCCUGGAAGUAUUUCGGUUACAGGCGCCUGUCUGGGAAUUCAAAUAUGGAGCUCUCCUUGGUCAUAUGAAGAUCAUGCACGACGCUGUCGGUUUCAAGAGCUCCUUAUCGGGGAAGAACUACACAAUGGAGUGGUAUGAGCUCUUCCAGCUGGGGAACUGCACCUUUCCUCAUCUCCGGCCCAAUUUGCUGGCCCCUUUUUGGUGCAAUCAGGGGGCCGCCUGCUUUUAUGAAGGGAUAGAUGACGCCCAUUGGAAGGAGAACGGGACCUUGGUUCUGGUGACCACAAUCUCAGGAGCUAUGUUUAAUCAAAUGGCGAAAUGGGUGAAAUACGACAACGAAACUGGCAUUUACUACGAGACGUGGAUGGUCAAAGAGAGCCCGCAGGAGCAGGCCAGAGUGUGGUUUGAGCCUUACGAAUGCUCCAAGUUUGUCCAGAGGACAUACCAAAAGCUGGCCGAGCUGGGGGCCAUUUUUAAGAAGAUACAAACAAAUUACACCACUAUUACUCUCUUCAGUGGAGAGCCUGUCUGCUUUGGAAAUGAAACGGCUAUAUUUGGACCACACGGAAACAAAACGCUAGCUCUGGCCAUUAGAGACUUCUAUUCUCCUUUCAAACCUUAUCAUUCUGCCAAAGAGUUCUUUCUAAACCUCUUGAGGAUAUUUGAUGAAGUGGCUGUGGACCAUCAGUUUUACCUCUUCUAUAACUUGGAAUAUUGGUUUCUGCCAAUGAAAUAUCCUUUCAUGAAAAUAGCCUAUGAAGAAAUCCCAUUGCCUCAUUCAAACAGCACAAAGUUGGGCAUAUAGUUUUUCUUAAUGCCUUUUUUUGUAUAAAGACACACCAAAAAAAGCAAAAUAAAACCCCCAAACCCAUUUUAUGCUGAGUUGCCUCAGACGUCUUUCAGGCUGACAAAGAUGCCCGAAACUACUGGGAUAUACCUGGAUUUUUACUAACGCUGAAAAGGUUAUCUGCACAGGGAAAUGAAUGCAUCAAACCUAAGCUAUUUCACCUUUAACUGUGUGAGGGAAUAAGAUUCUUUUCCAAGCCUUCAAUUUCCUUUGACUUCCAGAGACCCUUGAUGUAUGCCCCCCCAAUGUGGGUGAAUGAGGGUGGUAAAUAAUUAUUCUGAAGUUCUCAUUAUGUGCCCUGUACCUGAUUUGAAUGGUUGCAUUUAAACGUGGGAGCAGCCCUCCUGAGUGAUUCCCCCACCUACUAUUUUCAUUUUAUUACCCUCACUGUAGCACCUGUAGAGCAGGCAUCCCCAACCUUUGGCCCUCCAGAUGUUUUGGACUACAAUUCCCAUCAUCCCUGACCACUGGUCCUGUUAGCUAGGGAUCAUGGGAGUUGUAGGCCAAAACAUCUGGAGGGCCAAAGGUUGGGGAUGCCUGCUGGUAGAGCUGCAGGAGUGGACAGCAGAUUCAAGUAAUGCUGGCACGCAGAAGUAUGUGGGGGGGGAAAUGGUUUUCAAGGAUGCUUACUAAGCAUUAGCGUUGGACAAUCACAUAGAAUAGAAAAUAGGAUUGUGGCUGCACAUACAUUCCUAACCUUGAGGUCAACCUUAAGACAAUUAUGGGGAUCUGCUUGAGCACUUUUAAGUAGCUGCUACUUACUCCAGGUGUGUUAAAUUUAUAGGUUGCUGCAAUUCUAAAGGAUGUUUUUCCUGGAUGACAGCCAGCUGAUCUGUGCUGUUGCUUGAACUACAAAGUUUUUCAAAAUAGGCUCAAUGAGUUGGCAGUGUUAAUUUGUGUGUUGCAAAACUUCUAAUCACAAUGAAGUUACGUGCCUUGCUUUUAAAAUAUUUCUUGCUUGGGAUUAAAAUUUUGUGUCCUUUGUUUAUCCAUAA